AUUCAUAUAUGACACUCUCUCUCGUUCUGCUCCUAACACUCCGGUUCCGCCGGCCGCCGUCGACUCACGCGCUCGUCUCUCGCGUCGUCGUCGUCGUCGGUGUCGCCGUCUUCGCAGCAGUAGCGUUGUUUGGUGUGGCUGUGCUUGCGAGGCAUCACGAGCGCCAGCUGACCGGUGCCGCCGCGACUGAACAUUCGGAAGCUGCCGGAGGAUCGCAACCACCAGUUAACGCGUCCGCCCCGACUCACGAGACAGCGUACUCGACGUCGGACUUUGACUCGACAUCUGAAGCCGACUGGACAUCGGACGACGACACGACAGUUACAUCGGACAUCGGACUACGAUACGGCAGCUACAUCGGAUAUCGACGAUCAUAGGGUAAAAAGCACUGUGUUCGCGCGCACCAUACAUUCGCCUGUCGCUACGGUGUAACCAUGUGCUAGAGUGCCGUGUCUGAUCGUAAUCGUCUACUGCAAAACGCCGGCUGCGUUCAAUACCGAUUCACUAGAAAAUUGAGAUGUCAGUCAAGGACGGACCUAUCGUCAAGAUGGAUGUAGACUGUCCGUCAAAUCUUAAGAGAUCCAACAGUGCGCCGAUGAUCAACGAUAUGAAUGCUUCCACCAUUGUCGGAUCACCUACUACUCUGUCUAGAGAAAAUACGUGUAACAUAUUUUUACGAAAUGUACAAGUACAACCACGCUUUCGUAGAUUUAGCACAAGUGGAAGUCCUCAUAAUGUAAUGCCAAAUACUUCACCAAAGUUAGUUCAUAGAGUUAAUCAGCUGCGACAAGAAGAAACAGUUGAUUUGAUUAAUAGAGAAGUGGCCCAUGAAAGAGAAAUACACUCUGCAAUGCAAAUAUCACAAUCAUGGGAAGAUUUAUCUAUCAUGAUGGACUCACCGACAAAGCCAGAUGAAGGAGGACCGUUUGGUAAACAACCUGGUGGAAUGCAUGGUAGACCUAAUGUAUAUGAUCCACUGCAUUUAAAUUUUUCAAUGACUUCUGCUCCAUCAUCACCAUCGCCAACCAGAUCAUUGAGACAUUGUGUAUCACCAUCACUUUUUAAACCAAAUUUAUCGCCUAGUCCUACUCGUAAAACCUUUACAUCUGGUUUAUGUUUCAGACGAAGCUUGAGUCCAAUUUCAAUGCGUCCUAGCACUUUAGGACCUGUUAAAAGGAAAUGUGACAUGGAUGACUACGAACCAAUUCCAAAGAAAUGGGGAUUGCUGAUUACCAAUAAUAGGCCUGAACCAAUGCAAGUGACCGGUAUUGUUCCUACAACAAUGAAUGCAACUUUAGUUACAGACUCCAUAUGUAGUAGCAGUGGUGAUUCUUCAAACAGUAAUCAUUCAUUUUCCUUUAGACCAUUGCAAUCUCUCAUGGAUGAAUCAAAAAGUAAUUCCCAAUAACUACAAUAUUUUUACAAGAAAUAAUAUUUUCACAUUUUACUGUUGACUAUUAUAAUUUUGGCUAUUAUUAUUUUAUUAUUACAGAAACAAUA